AUGAUUGCGUAUCCAGAGGGGCAUCGUAAAAUUAGUGGGUUGAGCCCGGAUGCGAAGCAGGUUGUGCGUGACAUGACGAAGUCUAAGGUUGCACCGCAUAACAUCAUGGCGACUAUUACCGAGCAAUUUCCUGAUGAUCAUCCAAACAUCAGACACAUCUACAACUGCCGGAAUGACUUGAGAUCGCAGAUGUCUGAUGGGAGAGGAGUUGUUCAGCAAUUUCUACAUUUGGCGAGACAGAGUCAGUAUCUUUACUGGGUCAUGUCUGAUGAUGAAGGUGUUUUACAGCACGCCUUUAUGGCGCACCCAGUCACGGUAGAAAUCUUUCGGACGUACCCAUAUGUGAUCGGUAUGGAUUCCACUUACAAGACCAACUAA